AUGGCAGGGGUCGAGCUAGCAACACAACUUCCUCAGCCUCAAGGAACCGUAUUGUACGAUCCUAACGGUCUCGUUUACGUCCCUAACAGCGUAUUCCCAUACUCUGGAUAUCCAAUUAACAACGCAGUGCAUGAGCCUGCAAGGAUCGUUCUCGUUGAUGAACCUACCGAGCGAACUGAGUCACAAAACACUGCCAAGGCAAAUGAUGACAACGGCAAGUCCACAUCACCGGUUACCGGGGUUGUGACAUCUACUUCCGGAACAUCCAUUAUUGGCAGUCCGGCGGAUGGAGUGAUCGGUUCUGAUGGGCAAGUUCUGGGCAGCGUUCAAGAUACUGCUGCUGUAGAAAGUGCUGGAAAUUUAGGCCCAACCUUGCUACAAGCACAAGUUCCGAUGCCAUACUUAAGCGGACCACAAAUCUACAGCUCAGGACAAGUUGCUUUUGCACCCGGGAUGCGUUAUCCUCAGAGUUACGUGAUGGAUAAAGGUGUGACUUAUCGAGUAUCGAUGGAUCAAUACGGACAACCACUGUUUACACAGAUAACACAGGACCAGAACCAAAGAUCAUAG